CAGCUGCUUCCUCUGCCUUCUUAAGAUUUAAGAAAAUGUUUCCAAAACAACUGAUGUUCCAUUCCUUUAGUUGUACUUUGAGGCUCUUCAGCUUGUUGGAAAGUCCAAGCAUUCCUCCAUGAUGAAAACCAGUGUUCCACACCUUGGUGAUCAUAUGUUGCAAACUGUGAUGGUUACCCCAAGCAUUGAUGAACCUGAAGGGCUUUGGUCCCCCUUUAUCUGUUUUGAUGCAAGAGAGGAGGAUAGGAUUGUGAUCAGAAGUAGCUUUGCUCAGAUGUUUAGCAUAGAUAUCUUCAAAAUCAUCCAUAGAGAAAUUGAUUCUGCACUUAACAUGGCUGAUCCAGAUUCAGGGUGGGUAGGGUCAGUAAAGACUGCUGUGGGGCUGAAGGGGUUACCACUGUUUUGGAAGUAUCCUUUUCGCAACCCUACACGUUCUAAACUCUUCUCCGAGCUGUUCAAAUCUGUGGACACCGAUGAUAAGCCAUCAGAUAAAUCCAGCUUCAAAGGCUGUCCUUUGGUUUCCUUCUCUAAAGAAGAAGUUGAAGCCCUCUCCAACCGUUUCAAAUUUGCUCUGAUUGGCAGAUUCCGGCGUAGACCUCCCAUUGCAGUGGUGAAAAACUUCUUGAUCAGGUUAGGCUUGAUUGGAGGUUUUACGGUUGGUGAGCUCAACUCUAACUCAAUUCUCAUCAACUUUGAGCAAGAUGAAGAUUAUCAACGUUUCUUCCUACGCAAAUCUUGGACUCUUGGAAAGGAUAUCAUGGUAGUAACCAAAUGGUCUCCCAACCUUCGUCCUGAUGAAGAUUCUCCAAUUGUGCCGGUCUGGGUGACUAUCCCGAAUCUCCCCAUUCACCUUCAUGACCAAAAAGCUUUAUUCUGCAUCACCUCCAAAUUGGGUAAACCUCUCAAGGUUGACAACGCCACACUCAACUUCUCUCGUCCUAAAGCUGCUAGAGUGUGCAUUGAGAUUGACGUGUCCAAGAACCGUCAUCAGAAGAUCCACGUCAAGCAUAUCGACGAUGACCUCUUUUUCCAGGUUCUGUACGAGGAUCCCCCUUCCUUUUGUGACUCUUGCCAAAGGCUUGGUCACAAUGCCACCAUCUGCAAGGGAGCUUCCCAGCCGGAAAUCCCAGUGGGAAACCAACCGCCGGCAGGAACCGUGCAACCACGUAAAGACAAGGGCAAGCUUAUUGAAAAUGAAUGGAUCAAUGUGCAAAGGAAGAGACGACAUGUAACACCCCAACCCGCAUUUCGGAGCGUUACACGACAGCAUAAAUCCAACGGUGAAUGGGUCCCUAAACCCACUUUCACUCAGGAUCCCCUACCAGGUAAAACCCUAGCUUUUAAGCUGGGUUUUAAUGGGUUCCUUAGUGUUGCUAAUAACAAAAUUUGGUUCCUUUGGGACACUAGUAGGUUUUCUUUGAUUGAUGUCAUUGACGCUGGGCAGAUUUCUCACUUCUCCCUGAGGGAUAUCCACAAGAGUUUUACUUUCACCAUUAGUGGUAUUUACGGGGAUCACACCACUAAGGAUAGGAAACUUCUUUGGAGUAACAUUGAAUCAUUCCAUGCCAAUGUCAAUCACCCUUGGUGCCUUGGGGGGGAUUUCAACACCAUUUCAGACUUUCUUCAUCACAAGGGUUCAAGGUUGCCUGAGCUGGAGGCUAUUACUGAUUUUAGUGACUGCAUCAGGGACAACAAGCUCCUUGAAUGUAAUUACACUGGAUCGGCUUAUACUUGGCAUGGGGUCAGAAGCAAUGGUAAUGUAUGGCGGCGUCUUGAUAGAGUUUUCUACAAUACCUUCUGGGCUGAUCAUUGGAACAUAAUCUCGAUGCAGCAUCUUGCUAAGGGUGGAAGUGAUCACUGCCCUAUUUUAUUUCUCUCCAAACCUGAUGCUAGAAACACCACCAAAUCCUUCAGAUUCCAAAAUAUGUGGUUAUUAAGAGAUGAUUUUAGGCAGAUCUGCAAGGAUAGUUGGGAGGAAAUUCCUUUUCAUGGGGAAAUGCAUAGUCUCUUCAAAAGACUUCAUCAUCUCAAAGAGAAACUUUCUUCCUGGAAUAAAACUCAUUUUGGCAACAUUUUUGACAUGAUUAAGGAGGCGGAAUCUGAUGCCACUAAAGCGGAGCAGCUGUUUGAGGCUGACCCUUCAACUGAUAACAAAAUCCUUUAUAAUCAGAAAUUGGCAGAACUUCAGGAAGCUCAUAGGAGAGAAUAUGCCUUUUGGAAGCAAAAAUGUAACCUUAAAUGGUUGAAAGAUGGAGAUGCCAACACAAAAUUCUUUCACAGCCUGGUGAAAGAAAGGCGGAGAAAACAGCAGAUUACAAGUCUCUUCAAUGAUCAAGGACAAUUAAUAGAUAAGCCAGAUGACCUGGAAGCCCUAGCAGUUACCCAUUUCACUACUCUCUUAAAUUCCUCAGAACCUUGCAGCUCUAGUGAAGUUUAUUCACAGUUUCUUAGCACCAUCCCUCAUCUUAUAAAUCACACUCAGAAUGAAUGUCUUAUAUCUCUGCCCACUGAAGAAGAAAUCAAAGUUACUGUCUGGGACAUGGAUCCUAAUUCCUCUCCUGGUCCAGAUGGUUUCAACAUCAACUUUUUCAAGCAAUGCUGGGAUAUUAUCAAAGACGAUUUAACUUCUGCUUGCCAAGAGGUCUUCCUUGGAAUUCCUCUUCCCAAGGCAGCAAGUUCAUCCAAUAUUUGCCUGCUUCCUAAAACUGAUAAUGCAAUGAGACUCAACGAUUUUAGACUAGUUUGCCUAUCUACUGUGGCCUCAACGAUUGCAUCUAAAUGCAUUGCUAAUAGGCUUGGAAAGCUCCUUCAUCUAAUUAUUUCUGAAGAACAAGGGGCUUAUGUUCCAGGAAGGGAGAUUAUGGACCAAAUUCUUAUCACUAAGGAGUUGGUACAUCACAUCAAUAGGAAAGCUCAUGGUGGAAACCUUAUCGUCACACUUGACAUGGCCAAAGCUUUUGAUAAGCUUAAAUGGUCAUACCUGAUGGACAUCCUCAAGGCUUUUGGCUUCUCUCCUCAGUUCAUCCGCAUGCUAAUGAGAGCUAAAUAUUGGAGGGAUGGUGAGAUGAAGGCCAACAUUAUUGAUUCCCCAGUCUGGAAGAGAAUCUUCAAUAUUGAUGAAUCUGCCAUUGACACUUGUUCUGUCUCUGAUGAUGGCAUGAUGCACUGGAAGCUUGAUCCUAGUGGCUCUUUCACCUUCAAAUCAGCAUAUGAAUUCUGUAGAGCAGGUUCAACCCCCAGGGCCUCUUUUAAUUACCUUUGGGAAUCCCCCCAAAACCCAAAAAUCAGCAUCUUCACUUGGAUACUUUUCCAGCACUGUAUUCCUAGUCCUGAGAAUCUACAGAAACUUGGUUUCCUCAUGCCUUCAAUGUGUCCUUUCUGUCAAAGGAAAUCUUACACUGCCAAACAUUCCCUUAUAGACUGCCAUAUGAUCAAAGGGGUUUGGCAUCAUUUCUCAGCCUGUGUCGGAAUCUUACACCAGGACUCCUCAAGUAUUAACCAACACUUCAUGAACUGGUGGCUUAGAGGAAACAAUAACAUUUAUGGUUUCCUAAGAAAGCACUUGCCUGGAAUCAUUUCUUGGCACAUUUGGAAAGCUCUUAACUCACUCCUCUAUGAGGACAUGAACAGUUUCAAUCCCUCAAAGCUUAUUGAUUCCAUUUCUAGGUAUACAAGGAACUGGCUCCAAAUGAAACUGCCUAAACAACUUAGAGUCUUUGAUGCUUGGCUUAUAGGCACAAACUUACUGCCUAAAUUCCAAUCCAAUCCUUCCAUUCGAUUGGUCAAGUGGCUAGCACCUCCUAAGGGCAGGCUCAAACUUAAUGUGGAUGCGUCUUUCACCCAUAAUCCUAAGCAGGGAGCAGCUAUUCUUAGAGAUUACCAGGGAAGAUUCGUUGGUGCUGCCUCUUUCCAAGUUACAGGUGAAUCACCCUACCAAGCUGAAGUGGAUGCUGCCAUCAAAGGAAUAACAUGGGCGCUCAAGUUUAAUAAACUCCUUGUGUUCGAGACGGAUGCUAAGGAAAUCACUAUAACGACAUUUGGACGUCUCAUACCCUUCGAGAAGGAAAUCAGCCUGCUGACUUAUUAGCUAAAGAAGACACAACCAAAGGAUGCAAUUUUCUUGAAUAUUGUAAUAUUAGUGAUUGUUCUUCUUCUGUAAAAGCCGCUCUCUUUAACGAGAUUGUAUCCUCCUUUCGAUUUCAUUAAUAAAAUUUUAAUUUAAAA